UCGUAAAUAUGUCAAAGUAUACAUUUGAAUUUGUAUCGAUUAUUUAAUUUUAUAUUUUAAACAAAUACUAAAGUAUAAGUUAUUUAUUAGACAUUUGAAAUAAUAAAUAAUCGAUUAUGGAUAUUUCGAGACUAUGCCGUAGUUGUAUGCGAGAAGUGGCGUCGUGGGAGAAAGAUAAUUUUAAUAAUAGUACAGUAGAAAUGUUUUGUUUUAGCACAAAUAUUAAGAUUACAGACAAUGAAAAGCUCCCGAGGCAGUUUUGUUAUGACUGUGUUAUAAAAAUAGAGUCAUGCUAUACAUUUAUAAAGGAAGCUCAGAAUGUCAACAUUACCCUCAAAAACAUUGCCUCUAGAAGUGAGACAAGCAUUAUUAUUGAACCGGAGACAAAUAAACUGAGAUUAACAUUACCCGAAUACAAAUUAUCCAUCGGUAUAACAAGUUUUAAUAACACUAACAAUUUUAACAACACUGCUUUUAACUUGAGCAGUAUAAAAGAUAUAUCAAGUGAUAAUGUUCACACAGUCACAGAAAAUUGUAAACCACUAAAUGAAAAUGUUAAUAAAGAUGACAGCAAUCAGAAAAUAAGUAAAGAGAUUGGAGAUGAAAACUCUAUAGAAGUGGACGAGACGAAAAAGAUUAUUUGUCCAACUUGCAGAAAGUCUUUUGUGUCACAAAAAUGGUUUACCAAGCAUAUGGAGAAGGAACACUCGGGGCACAAAUAUAUAUGUGAUCAUUGUCCCAAAUCAUUUUCGAAGCCAUAUCAACUAGUGUAUCAUGCAACAUCACACUCAGAAGAGAGAAAGUUUGUUUGUAACACAUGUGGAAAGAGGUUUAAACAUCACAAACAAUUGAAAAUACACAACAGAGGACAUUCAGACGUUAGACCCUUUGCUUGUGAUAAAUGUUCCAUGAGGUUCAAAAAUAAAAGUGUACUGAAAUGUCACAUGAAAGUUCACGAGGAAGUCAAGCAAUACCUAUGUUCGUAUUGUGGUUGGGGAUUUUCGCAAGCUCACAACUUGGAGGUGCACCUCCGCACGCACACGGGCGCCAAGCCGCACGCGUGCUCGCAGUGCAGCUUCCGCUCGGCCGCCGCGUCGUCGCUGCGGCGCCACCUGCGCCGGCACAGCGGGGCGCGCCCGCACGUGUGCGCGCACUGCCGGAAGGCCUUCCACGACGCCAGCGGGCUGACGCGCCACACGCGCACGCACACGGGCGAGCUGCCGUACAAGUGCCCGGGCUGCGCGCGCACGUUCGCCGACAGCUGGAAGCGCAAGACGCACCUCAUGCGCGCGCACCGCGUGGCGCUGCACGACAUCCCGCGCAUGCGCACCGACGGCACUUGCGCGGGCAGCUAGGCCGCCUCCCGAUUGUGUACCAAGUCUCCAAACACCAUGAACCAAACAAAGAAUCAUAAGGAAUCAUUUUGCAAUUUUAAUAUCUCAGCACAGCAAGAGUAAAUCCAAAUUUUCGUUCCUUCAAACGUGUUUUUGCAAAUAUUUUAUUAUCAGUGGCGUCGUAACAUAUUUGGUGUAGCAAUUGUAUUUCCUAUAAUUAAUAAUUAAAAACUUUUUCGCUAUAAUUAACUUCAACACAUAGUCUAAUUCAAUUGUUAUUUA